AUGAACGAGUUUCCAUUUGUUGCCAGCUCGCUGGAGGAGAGACAUCCUAUUAGUAUGUCCAACGGAGUGCUCCAGAAUGUUACCCAGAGGAGCGUCUUUGAGCUUAUCAGGGAUAUUAGAGACCCUGAGCAUCCAUAUACUUUGGAGCAGCUCGGCGUUGUAUCCAGGGAGGGUGUAAGUAUAGGAUGUAUUGGCCCGGACGGCAUUGCCCCCAAUGUGGGGCUACCGAUCAGAUGUGUGAAGGUGGUGUUCAAGCCCACAAUACCCCAUUGCUCCAUGGCAGCCGUAAUAGGCCUAUGCAUAAAGACACAUGUAAGCAGGCAUGUUCGGAACCAUUUCGUCCAGGUCCAUAUAGUAGACGGCGGGCACAUCAACUUUAGGGCACUGAAUAAGCAGCUGGAUGACAAGGACAGGGUUCUUGCGGCAACAGAGAACGAGGUACUGCUUGACCUUAUGGAGAAGUGCCUUCCUGCCAUCUGA